UCCACCUUCCACCAUCACUAACCACACCACUCUGCAUUGACCUUCAGCAUAGCCAGUGCAACACCCGCUGCAACACCCACUAGGCGACGCAACAGCCAUUGCCCACAAUGGCUGCCACAAACAACCCCCUCGACGGCACAUCCACGCACUCCCCCACCAUCUCAUCCCGCACCUUCACCAUCGCCGGCAUCCUCGUCACCAUCCACGGGCUCUCCGAGCUCCCCUCAAACGCCUCCUCCGUUACCUGCCUCUGGCUCUUGAACCCGCGCCUCCAAACAAAAGAAACCAUGGCGCCCAUCGCCAACCAAGUUGUCUCUGCGUGGAACUCCCACCCCAAGCGUGGCUCGAAGGGCCUCAUCGCCGCCGCAUUCGACCAGCGCAACCACGGCUCCCGGCUCGUCGACGCCCUACACAACGAAGCCUGGCGGCAGGGCAAUCCGCGGCACGCGCAGGAUAUGUUUAGUUGCUACCACGGCACGGCCGUCGACUGUGGUCACCUGAUCGACCACAUCGAAUCAUACGUCUUCCACGACGCGAAGAGUCCGAAGAUAAGCUCCCACUUUGCGCUGGGGAUUAGUCUCGGCGGUCACGCGACCUGGCAUUGUUUGUUGGCUGAGCCGCGCAUCACAGCGGGCGUCGUGGGGAUCGGGUGUCCGGAUUACACGCGCCUCAUGACAGAUCGUGCGCGCUUGUCUAAGCUCGAGACCUACACUGAAACUACGCCCCCGGGAAAGGAGUUUCUGGGCUCCAGAGACUUUCCACGCGCAUUGCAAGAUGCGAUAAGCCAAUCUGAUCCCGCAGGCUUACUGCUACCGGCGUGCUUUAACCCUACGGGGCCGGAUCCAGAACCGUCGAAAGCCACGCUGGACCGUUUCAAGAUCCUCGCACGCGAACGAUUGGGCGGGAAACAGAUACUCAACCUCACUGGGCGAGACGACAAGCUUGUCCCCUACGCCGCGGGCGAGCCUUUCCUAAAGGUCUUCAAGCAAGUGCUGAGCGAGGAGGAUUUGGGGAUCGGUUUUGAGGAUGUGCUGUUUGAUGGCGUGGGACAUGCGUUCCCGAAGGCGAUGGCGGAUAAAGCGACGGAGUGGCUGUGCGACAUACUUGCGAAGGAGGAGGGUACGGGGGCCGGGGAGGGGAGGCGGGGGAGUAAGAUAUAGGUCUGUGACUUCAGUCAAUGCUAUGAACUUGCUUCAUCCAGAGCCCACGUAUGACGACUAGAGGGCUUCGAAGCUAUCCGUAUUCAAUCCUGUGCGCCGGUGUGAGUGCGGGUAUAUACAAAGGUUCCA